UAGCACUGCUGAUUGGAUUUCACUCUCUCUGAGGCAUACAGGAGGGCAGGCCAUACAGCACAAAUCUACCUGGGAAUCCAUAUUCUUCUGACAUACACCUGAAUCUUGUUUGACUCUCGUCUUCCUGUGGAUAUCUGGACAUGGCUCUGACAACCACAGGCCCUUCUAACAAGAGAAAGAAGGCCAAUAAAAUCAUCACUGACCUGACCAACAUCAGCCAGAACGAUGAUGAGUCAGACCCUGAGGCCUCUGAGCUUGACCUGGGAACAAAGAUCAAAACACCAAAGGAUGUAAUGCUGGAGGAGCUGUCCCUGCUCAACAACAAGGCAUCAAAGAUGUUUAAAAUGAGGCAGGAGAGAGUCGAGAGGUUCAUUGUGACCAACCAGAACCUGCAGAACCUCCAGAACCUGCUGGUGUCCCCACCGCCUCCUCCACCAAAGCCUCCUAUGCCAAAGCAAGCAGUGGUUCAGCAGCUCAUGGAUGAGGAUGCUGCCAAGGAGAAGGAGAAGGAGAAGCAAGAUAAGGAAAAGAGGAAGGAGUAUGUACGCACCUACAUAUCACCAUGGGAACGGGCCAUGAAGGGUAAUGAGGAGCUGACAGCCACCAUGAAGGCCUGUAUGCCGGGACCCAUCCAAACCCACCCACAACUGCCCCAGUAUAAGAGCUUUAAUAGGACUGCGCUGCCAUACGGCGGCAUGGACAAUGCGUCCAAACUGCUGACGUUUGAGCUCCCUGAAAUCAACCCUGCCCCCGAGGACCAGGAGCUCCUGCCCACCCUUCAGCCGGACAUCAACUCACGGCCCUGCUUCAACCGCACACCCAUUGGCUGGGUCUGCUCUGAGGACAUCCUCGUGGACCUGCAAACCAUCCCCUUGGAUGGGGAGACCGAUGACCUGUGAACACAUGAACACUCUUACGCCCAAGUACAACACUGGAACUCAUAAAAACAUAUAGCAGGGGUU